UGUGUGUGUGGUGUUUUAUAAUGAAUGUAUAAUUACAGCUUGUCUUUUAUAUGUUAGGAUGUUUAACUGGAUGGUGAAGGUGGUGCCACAGGCCCUGGCUGGUCCUGAACAUGCUGAGGAGCAGGAGCAGAGAUCUGCAGGUGGAAAUGCUCCAGGAAACAGAGGGAGACUGAAGUCAGUCAAAUCAAUCCAGGACGAUGACCAAGCAUCAGAAUCGUCCCAGACCAGUGUUCAGAGUGGGAUGCUGAACUGGCUGUCUAAUGGUUUCGUGAGUGCCCUGCCACAGCCUACCAGAAGCCCGAACCUCCACAGAGCCGCCAUCGCCGAGUCACAUCAAGAUGAAGAUUCAGACAGAUCAGGAGUGGUUGGCUGGAUCUCGGGGGGAAUCGAGAAGGUCGUCCCACAGCCUGAAACCAAAUACAUGGAGAAGAGCGAGAAACCUGAUGAAGAAAAUACAGAGGUUUAUGAUAUUAAAGAACUUCCAGAUGCAGAGCCUCUUCCUAAUGUUCCAGUGGUGGAGAUGAUCUCGGAGGACGAGGUGUCUGAAGCGCAUCGUUCUCCCCGGGUCCCACCGGGUGGAGUGGUACAGUGGAUAAAGACCGGCUUCCAAAACGCUCUGCCGUACCGCAUGCCCCGUCCACCAGACCACUCAGAAACCGGCUCCCAAAGAUCAUCACGCUGCUCAGAUAAAGUGUUCUCGCCUCCCCCUGAAUCGGUAACCAGCCUGACAGAAGUCGAGACUAAAGUCAACAUGAUGGGCUGGAUCACUCACGGUCUCGGCCUGGCCUUGCCCCAGCCUGUUAUAAGAAGCAAAGAGGAUUAUGGGGUUGUGGCAGAAACGGUUACACGACAUGCUGUCCACUCUAGGCCAAAUUCCACUGACCUGGUCCUUGAGGAUGUCAACGCAGAAGAUGUCCAGGAUCAGGACAAGAACCUGGACCAGAAGAGCAUUUCUGAGCAUCCGUCUUCCCCUAAACGAGCAGAACCGGAGGACCGAUCGAAUCCAGAAACCUCGAGUCCAUCAGCACCAACAUCAUCUCUGAAUCAGGAAGAUGUCGAGACACAAACCGGACGAUGGACAUCCUUCUUCGAGAGCAUCAAGAGAGAAGCGGAGGAUAUUGCCAUGGCAACUUUGGAGGAACGGUUACGACAGGAGCGUUUGGAGAUGGCGAGGAUGGCUGAGAAGGUGGCAAGACACGCAGCAGAGGUGACUGUCAGAGAGCUGGCAGGAACCCGAGUGACUGUACACACACCAAUCCUGGAGGUGGAGGAAGAGGCUGAGUCAGAGUUGCAGGAGCUGAAGGACGAGGAGAAAGAAGCCGAAAUUUUACACAGUAAAAGCACAGAGUGUCAGGAACUAUCUCCAGUCGAGAAGUUCACCCAGGAGGUUGAAGGCCCAGUAGAAGACCCACAAGAGGCAGAGGAAGAAUUAGAAGAUGAAGAACGUGUAGAAGAGCCAUCUGCUUCUCCUGAACCUGUUAGACCAGAAGCCUUUCCAGCUGAAGAGCCAGAAGAAGAAGAGGAGGAAGAAGAAGAGUCUGAUGACUCAUCAGAGGCAGAAUCAGAGCCAGAGCCAAUCACUCAGCAGCCGAGGUCAUGUGACGGAGACAGUGUGAAACAGAAUGUCACCCAGGACGAUCGCAUGAUAAACGAAGAGGAAACUUAUGUUCCUUCCAGAUGUGAUGCGCUGAAGGCCUGCCUCAUGCGUAUUCCAUAUGCUCCAGUUUGCCUCGACCGCUUCAAUCAGCUGCUGAAAGAGAACAAUAUCACCCCACCUCAAGUGCCCUCCGUUCCUAAACUGCCCUCACGACUAUCACAGAUCACCCAACACUUCCCCCAUUUGCCUACCAGACUCAACCAGCUACCUCACCAAAUCACAGAAAUUCCCCAGCGUAUUUCCCAGCGUGUCUCCAGGCUUCCUGAGCACUUCCCUUCCUUCCCCCAGAAACUUCCCACUUUCCCUGAAAGAUUUUCCUUCAGGUUUCCCAACGGACUUCCCAAACAUCCUGAGAAGCUACCUGAUUUUGCUCAACACUUCUCCAGCUUGCCUCAGCGCUUAUCCAAUAUUCCACAUAACCUAAUCAACCUUCCUCAAUACUUGUCCAGCAUUCCUCGUCAGUGCUACACCAGUCUUCACCGUCUGAGCAGCAUCAGACCUCAAAUGAUGCCUAAACCUCAGCAGCAGCAGCAAAGUCUGGACCUGGAGCUGGACCAUCUGGUCCGCCAGUCCCCCAUUCACAUCUCCCGUACCCCGUCCCCUUCCUCACCUGGUUCUGUGCUGGAUUUGCCCAAUGUCCCCUUCUAUCCCCGUCUGCCCCCCAUCAGCCCAUCCCACACGUUCUCAGGCCUCUCCAACCCCACCUUUAACGCAGAGGAUGAAGCCACCUCCGCCAGACCAUCAGCUAGCUCCAGAAUGAGUGUUCACCCAGCCGUAAAUGUGGAAGAUAUGGACUCAGACAAUGAGCAGUGUGGGAGAACUUCCCACCACAUGCCCCAGAUCAUCACCCCACAGGACCCCAACCUCAAAACCCUCACCGUGCCUGGAUCAUCCAAAUCAAGCCAUUUCAGGGAAAGAAAGCCACAAACUAUUUGGACGAAAAUAAAGAAGCUGUAUUCUUCAGGAGACGAGGAAGAUGAGGAGCUGGAGACGGCAGUCAGGGCCUGGCCAAGCCAAAGCAGCAUCACCAGCGCCGAUGACGCCCUGAAGGAGCGUCCAUCAUCGACCGCCAGCCAGGCCAGCACAAUGGUGAACGAACGUCUGCAAGAGCUGGUCAAACUGUUUAAAGAAAGAACGGAGCGUGCCAAGGAGAAACUCAUCGAUCCUGACGAAUUAGAUGACGAGACAUCGACUGCCACUCCUGCAGCACCUCCACCUCCUCCAUCUGAGCCUCAGAAGGAACCAGAGCCAGUUGAUGAGAAUCAGCCUGCUCCUACUGAACAGGAAGAUGAACAGGAAGCAUAUAUCAAACUGCUGUGCUUCAAGGUGAAGCCUCAGUCCAGAAUCGGUCACCUGAUUCGGUACCGCUUCCCAUCCAGCAUUGACCCAUUCACCAAUCUAGGCUACGUCCUGUGGCUCUUUUUAGUCACUUUAGCCUGGAACUGGAAUGUCUGGAUGAUCCCGGUGCGCUGGGCUUUCCGCUACGAUGUCAAGGGCUCACUUUACCUCUGGUUGCUCGCUGACUACCUGUGCGACACCAUUUACAUCCUGGAUGUCCUGCUCUUCCAGCCGCGCCUGCAGUUUAUCCGCGGAGGCGAUAUAGUCAGUGACAAAAAGGAAAUGAGAGCCCAUUACAUGAAAGAUCUGCGAUUUAAGCUGGACGUGGUCAGCCUUCUUCCCCUGGAGUUCUUCUACUUCAUAGAUGGAGUAAAACCUCUUCUCCGCUGCCCACGGUUACUAAAGAUUUUGUCUUUCUUUGAGUUUAACACACGUCUGGAAGCCAUUUUGACCAAAGCCUAUGUCUACAGAGUGAUUCGUACCACCAGCUACCUUCUGUACUCGCUCCACGUUAAUGCCUGUCUCUAUUACUGGAUGUCGACUUUGCAAGGCCUCAAAUCUACUGCCUGGGUGUACAAUGGAGAGGGCAACGAAUACAUCCGUUGUUUCUACUUUGCUGUAAAGACUCUGAUCACUAUCGGUGGACUGCCGGAACCGACCGUACUAGGAGAGUAUAUAUUUCAGCUCGUCAACUACUUCACUGGCGUAUUCGCCUUCUCCAUCAUGAUCGGACAGAUGAGAGACGUGGUGGGAGCUGCGACGGCUGAUCAGACACAUUACCGCUCAUGUAUGGACAGCACAGUGAAGUACAUGGGCUCGAACCGCAUCCCCAAAGAGGUGCAGCACCGGGUAAAGACCUGGUACAACUAUACGUGGCAGUCUCAGGGCAUGCUGGAUGAAGAGGAGCUGCUCGUGCAGUUGCCAGACAAGAUGAGGCUCGACAUAGCAGUGGACGUGAAUUACUCGAUUGUCAGCAAAGUGCCACUGUUUGAGGGCUGCGACAGGCAGAUGAUCUACGACAUGCUGAAAAGGCUCAGAUCAGUCGUGUACCUUCCCGGAGACUACGUCUGCAAAAAGGGUGAAGUAGGUCGAGAGAUGUACAUCAUAAAGUCAGGCGAGGUUCAGGUGGUUGGUGGUCCAGACGGAAAGACUAUAUUUGUGACUCUAAAAGCAGGAUCUGUGUUUGGUGAAAUCAGCUUGUUAUCGGUAGGAGGCGGAAACCGGAGAACCGCCAACGUCAUAGCGCACGGCUUUGCUAAUCUCUUCAUUUUGGACAAGAAAGGCCUCAACGAAAUCCUGGUGCACUAUCCCGAGUCCCAGAAACUGCUCCGCAGGAAAGCAAAGAAAAUGCUGGCAGAUAAGAAGCCAGAGAAAAAGACCGAGGAGGAGAAGGAGCCUGUGCGGGUGAUUCCGCCGCGAGCAGAAACGCCUAAACUGUUAAAGGCAGCGAUGGAAAUGACUGAGAAAUCAGGCCUUCGAGGAACACUGGCCAAGCUGAAGGGAAAAAAGAAUAACAAGUCUAGUGUUUCAUUGCAGCCAUCCAUCUGUUCCUCGGCGCUUCCUGGCUCUCCGAUCAUGAGGCAGCACUCAGAGCAAGAAGCCGAUGUUCUCUCUCAGAUCUCCGACAGCACCAUACACGGACCACCCAUCAGCCCGUCCGGCCUCGAAGAUGAAAGCCGCUCAGCGCUCGAAGGACCGGCGCUAACCGAGAGGACAAUAGAGGGGAAGGACAAGACAGACGACGAGUAACGCUAUAGGGUCAUGAGGUAACGGUCGUGUGAAGGGUCAUCUGGGUCAUGUUCCUGAUAAGAGGCUGGAUGGAAUAACAUUUAUUUAUUUAUUCCCAUAAGAUUAUUUGACAGGUGAAUUUUGAAGGGAACUUUCACACAAAAAAAUUAUUCGCACCAAUAUACUGUACAAAUUAACUUACUUGGAAUUCUUAAAAGAAGGCGAAGGUUGGAGUUGGUUUAAAUAAAACCCUAAUCUAGACCCAAACCCUGACUGUAGCCAUCUGAGCUCCUGUAUCCUGUAUAUUAAGACAGUUAACAAUUAAUUUAAUCCUAAUUCAAUUUAAUCUUAAAACAUCCAUCUAUCAGCAUUACAUUUGUUCUUUGAGGCUUUAAAUUUUGUUAGAAUUUGUUAGAGUUGUCUCCCUGCGCACGUUCCAUGUGAAGUGACUUCUUUAUAUCUGGAAUACUUACUUUGGAAUAUUUGGUCUGUGGUUUUCCUCAUUUUUAAGGUUAAAUGUAACACUCUUAAAGCUGAAUUGCCCAGAAAUGAAUGGUUUCAAGGGGGCAUGGUGGCUUAGUGGUUAGCACGUUCGCCUCACACCUCCAGGGUUGGGGGUUCGAUUCCCACCUCUGCCUUGUGUGUGUGGAGUUUGCCUGUUCUCCCCGUGCCUCGGGGGUUUCCUCC